UCCCACAGGGUGUUUUCCCCGGCGUAUCGCUCGAGCGGGAGGUGCUGCGCGCCUUUCCUGGCCGGGGCCGGGGCCGGGGCCUCGCGAGCGGAGGAGGCGUCGCGAUGGGGCCGGCGGCGCUGCUGGUGGACGUGGCCAACUGGAGCACGAUCUUGGCGUGCCUGGUGCUCAAGCUGCCCCAGGGAGUCGCCUUGCUGGCCGCCAAGUCCGCCCGGGGAGUCAGCCUGGAGAGUUUGCUGUUGGAACUGAGCGGCUUCAUUGUGUGUCUGCGGUACAUGAGUUAUUACAAUUAUCCUCUGCCAACAUAUGUAGAAUAUCCUAUCAUCAUUGUGCAAGAUGUCAUUCUUUUGCUGUUUGUUCUGCAUUACACUGGCAAAAUGAAGCAUGCUUUGCCUUACACAGUCAUAUUUGUGGCAGGGUGGUACAUGCUUAGCUUACAGAAAUGGAUAAUUGACCUGAGUAUGAACAUGAGCACUGUGGUAAGUGCAGCGAGUAAGUUGGCUCAGCUCCAAUGCCUCUGGCAGACCAAAGAUUCUGGACAAGUGAGUGCAGCGACCUGGAGCUUAGCUUCAUAUACCUCUGCAACAAGAAUAUUUACAACUUUAAUGACAACAAACGACAUUACAGGUACUAUGGUGCUAUUUUGUGUAUAUGGGUGUCUGCCAGUUUUAAAUUUCUUCUGCCAACUGGAAAUUUUUAUGCAGUGGACAAAGUGGCUCUCGUUAGGCCUCAGUGUUUGGAUGGUAUGAGAGAGCCACGCAUUUCAAGUAACAGAAGUUUCAGACUUCUGCAGCAUUCAGAAGUGAAAGGAAGUAAGGUGCUUACAAGCAUCUGUCCUGUUCUGCUGUUUUUACCAACACAUGAUGGAAAAGCAGAGAUAUACUUACUGGUCCCACCCUAUGCCUCACAUCCCUGUCAUUCAGUUUAUAUCAUUUCUGUACCACAUAAUGGCCAAAGCUCUCUUAGCAGUUCAUGUAAAAUCCAACCUAAAACCAUAACGUAACAAAAACAUACUAUCAAAUCUUAAGCAUGGAAAUUUUAAAGCCAAUGUUAGACGACUUAACCUCACACCCCCUCCUUGCAAUAAGAUAACAGGCCCUGAUAAAAACCUCCUCCUAUGCCUGGCAAUGGAGGAUAGUCUUAAUCUGGUGCCAAAAACAUGUUGGCAUCAGAUGUACUCUGCAGACACUGGAGGUUGAAGGUUGGAGAGAGGAAGCCUCCUGUGCGUGCGCAGGGUUUUACGUUACACAAGAAGCCACUGCGAGCCCUUUGCUGCAGGCCACCACCUUGCAGAGACAGUGGAGCCGGGCUAGUGAGCACAUCUUCACCCAUCAGUGAAGCAGGAAAUUUUGAGCCAUUUCAGACUAAUCAGCCUUUUGGCCUUGGUUCUCCAUGUGUGAAUUUUGAAAGGAGGGAUUAAUAUAGCUGUUGUGGGAAUUUGAUUUUACUCUGAAUAUGACUAGAGAAGCGAUUUACACCGACACUUCAUUGCUAUUAAAUAUUUAAGAAGUAUUAAACACUUACUAAAUGUAUGCAACAAAAUAGCCAUCUGCACCUACUUGCAUAGUAAGGCAUCACAUUCCUAUUCCACUAAGAGGGUGUUUGUGUAGAAAGAGGCCAGCUUAGUCGGAUGACGGCCAAGUCAUCAUAUUCUUGAGUAGGCAUUGUGUUGUUGGCUUGAUGUAAUUCUGAGUGCAGAUUACAUGGAGCAAAAUGGAGAAGUGAGACAAAUCAAUUUCACUGAAUGCUCUCUCCCCAGUUCUGGUCCGUUUCAUAGUCAUGUUGGCACUAAAUAUAUGGGUCCUACUAACUAUACUGCACUACAGGAAGACAACUAAGAAGCACGACUAAGAAGGGAAGUGUUCUGCCUAUUUUAAAUAAUCUGGACCAAAACCAAGAAUGGAACCAGUUGAAGACCAAAGUAUUAUAAAGCUUCAGCAAAACAACACUCCACUUAAUGGAGUGCUGCUCCUGCUUACGUAACGUUGAUAGAUUUAUCAGUAUGAAUUGAACAGCUAACUUCCAAAGUUUGUUGGAAUGCACACACCUGACAAACAUACUGUUUGUAAGAAUGUUAAUGCAUGGACAGAAUUUUAGGAAUAUACCACUUGGUGUGUAGAUGUGUAUGCUUUUAAUACAACCAAAGUAAUCUUUUCAGAACUCCGUAUCUGAAUGUUUCUACCAAAUAACUGUUCUCGCUUAAUGUUGUCAGCACAUCUUUAAAAUCCAAUUUAUCAUAUUCCUCGCUUUGCUGUCUACUAUACAAGAAUAUUGUCUCAGAAAAUAAUGAAACAGCAUCUUUAGUAUUUUAAAUGCCUUUGUAUCCUCCUCGCCACAAAAUAUUUAGUGCAGUCCAUAGCAGAAUCAAAUGGCUUAAACAAGUUGAUAUGAGACUUCUGGGUCCCUUUGGGCAGGGGUUGGGAGAACACUUUACAGAAAUCUUUACUCUCGGGGUUGAUAAAUGUAUUGUCCCUACCCCAGAGAAAGUUAUGCUCAAGCACCAUUGGCUUGAUUAAGUGUAAGAUUAAGUGCGGGCAAACUUUCUUUGGACGUGGCAGCAGUCUGUAAAAGCUGCCUAUGUACACUGGGGGCUCCAGCCAUUUUGUACAUGUGGGCACAUUUGGGAAUUCGAAAAACCACUGUGGGUGCCACAAGCGAAUCCCUGCUUUGACAGCUGCUUGCCUUUACUGCAGCUGUUAAGCUGCAUCUUAUUCAACACAAAGGAUAGUUUAUUGGACACGGCAACCUCUCAAUAAGGAAUUGUCUGAUUUGGCUAUUUGAUGGUGGUACAAGUACAGCAAAUGCUUCUUUUAAUUGUACAUUCUGGCAAAGUCUGUCAAGCUGUUUUUGUUGAGGGGAAAUUAUUACACCAAUAAAUUUUGUACUGGAACAGUUCUUAAUAUCCACUGAUGUACAUGUACUUUUAAAUUUUUUAGCUGUUUCAUUCAGAUUAAUAAAAGAGGAAAUGGA